AUGGUCCAUAAGCAUGCAUUUGAAGCUUUAGAUCGAACUUUGAAGGAUUUAUUAAGGUGCGUAAAUUCAACCAUCUCAAAUAUUCCAUUUGGAGGGAAAGUUAUUGUCUUUGGAGGAGAUUUUAGACAAAUUCUACCUGUUGUUCCGGGUGGCAGUAAACAGAACAUUGUAAAUGCUUCUUUGAGUUCUUCAUAUUUAUGGGAACAUUGCAAAGUCCAUAGAUUAACAAAAAACAUGAGGCUAACUAUUGGAAGGGAUCAAUCAGAUAUAGGAAAAAUAAGAGAUUUUGCAAAUUGGUUGUUGGAUAUAGGAGAAGGAAAACUUGGUGGUCCGAACGACGGUGAAACGAUUAUCGAUAUUCCAGAUGAUAUUCUCAUUAAUGAUUCACAUGAUCCUAUAGGUUCCUUAAUUGAGUUUGUAUAUCCUUCAAUUUUAGAGAACUAUAGCGAUAUAAAUUAUUUCCAAGAAAGAGCGAUACUUGCUCCAAAAAAUGAAGUUGUCCAGGAAAUAAACGACCGUUUGCUUAAGAAGUUUCCAGGAGAUGAAGUUGAAUAUUUAAGUUCAGACUGCAUAUGUGAAUCCGAAUUUCUCAAUGAUCAAUUUGAUGCAAAUCUAUACUCUCCUGAUGUAUUAAAUGGUCUCAAGGUAUCCGGAUUACCAAAUCAUAAGUUAGUUUUAAAAAUUGGUGUUCCAGUAAUGUUACUGAGAAAUAUUGAUCAGAAAAAUGGCUUAUGUAAUGGCACAAGAGUACAGGUGUUAUCAUUGGGCAAACGUGUUAUUGAGGCACAUAUAAUAACUGGAACUAAUAUUGGAAAUCGGACUUUUAUUCCAAGAAUGUCUUUAACUCCAUCAAAAAAAAAGAUUCCCUUCAAAUUCACAAGAAGACAGUUUCCUUUGGCUGUUUGUUUUGCAAUGACUAUUAAAAAAAGUCAAGGACAAUCGUUGUCAAAGGUUGGUUUGUUUCUGAAAGAUCCAGUUUUUCACAUGGACAAUUGUAUGUUGUCUUAUCUAGAGUUCAGAGCAGAGAGGGAUUAA